AUGGCGGGAUUCAGAAACAACCCUAUCCGAAGACGGGCGGAGCGCAGGGCCGCAACAAAAAACUCAACCGCAAUUGGAGAAACUCGCAGACGCAGAUGGAGGGGCGUACGCAAGUCGAUGACCAUUGGGCACAGCUUAGAGGCAGAAACAUGCAAUCAGGGCGCGGCAGCGGACGAGAGGCGCAGGGAGGAAGCUAUCCGGUGGACCUUGCUGGACAGGGAGGACAUUGUGCAAAUGUCACUGUUGGAAAUGGUGGCGGUUACUGCGGAGAGAAUGCGCAAAAUGGCGGUGGUCAGUAUGAAAGUAGACGAAGCGUUUUCGACAGACUGGGAUACAGGUAGAGCACGCAACGAGCAUGUUCCCUCCUCUUCAGCGCGCUUGGGAGAGAUUACUCUUUCAGAGUCUUGCGGUGGUCACAAAACCGAAUCUACACCAGAACCUUACUACUGUACACCCUACGAUGUGAACGGUAACUUCAGACAAAAUGUCUAUCCCUUGCGUCGAGCACAAAACCAUGUGGUAUACUGUACAAUAGAUAUUAAACCACGACAGAAUGCGGAUGAGGCUACUGCAUUGCGAUAA